CAUAGCUAGAUUUCCCAUUUUCCUCAAAAAAAAAGUAACCCAUCUCCCCAUUAAAUAAAAAAGCUCCAUUUUUUGCAAUUUGGGGGUUUAUGUAGUUUUGUAAAGAUUGAAGCUUUGGAUGGAGAAGAUGAUGGGGAUGCCCAAGUCUGCAUUGCUUCUGCUUCUUCUUCUUCUUAUUAUUCUUCCUCUUUCAGUAUUUUCUGCUGCUUCUUCUGGUGAAGAGUCUUUCAUUGGGGUAAAUAUAGGUACGGACCUCUCUGAUAUGCCCAGUCCGAGUCAGGUGGUAGCCCUCCUCAAGGCACAGCAAAUCCGCCACGUUAGGCUCUUUGAUACUGACCGAGCUAUGCUACUGGCACUCGCUAAUACUGGAAUCCGUGUCACCGUGUCUGUUCCAAAUGAUCAAAUCUUAGGUAUUGGUCAGUCGAAUGCCACUGCAGCCAACUGGGUUUCCCGCAAUAUUCUUACUCAUAUUCCCGCCACCAACAUUACUGCCAUAGCGGUUGGAUCCGAAGUCCUUACGACCCUUCCAAAUGCCGCUCCUAUCUUGGUAUCCGCCAUGAAGUUCAUUCAUUCCGCUCUUGUUGCUGCUAAUCUCGAUUCUCAAAUCAAAGUCUCCACUCCACACCCGUUUAAUAUUAUCCUCGACUCUUUCCCCCCUUCGCAAGCCUUCUUCAAUCGCUCGUGGGACCCGGUCAUGGUUCCCUUGCUCAAGUUUCUCCAAUCCACGAGCUCGUAUCUUAUGCUCAAUGUGUACCCGUACUAUGCUUAUCGGUUGUCGAAUGGCGCAAUCCCUUUGGAUUACGCUCUUUUCCGCCCCCUUCCUCCUAAUAAAGAAGCCGUGGAUUCCAACACACUCCUACACUACACUAAUGUGUUCGAUGCAAUAGUCGAUGCGGCGUAUUUUGCUAUGGAUGAUCUCAACUUCACGAAUAUUCCCGUUGUGGUGACUGAAUCGGGUUGGCCUUCGAAGGGCGACUCCUCUGAGCCGGAUGCUACACUUGAUAACGCUAACACUUACAAUAGUAACCUAAUUAGGCAUGUUCUUAAUAGCACCGGGACACCAAAGCACCCCGGGAUUGCAGUUAGUACUUACAUCUAUGAGCUGUACAACGAAGAUCAGAGGCCCGGUGCUAUUUCAGAACAGAACUGGGGGCUCUUUUACCCCAGUGGAAUGCCCGUAUAUAUCCUGCACUUGACAGGUUCCGGGACCGUGUUGGCAAACGACACUACAAAUCAAACGUACUGCGUGGCUCGGGACAAUGCUGACAAAAAGAUGCUUCAAGCAGCAUUGGAUUGGGCUUGUGGCCCCGGGAAAGUGGACUGCUCGCCUUUGUUGCAAGGAAACCCAUGCUUCGAACCAAAUACUGUAGCCGGGCACGCUUCAUAUGCUUUCGAUGCGUAUUAUCAUCGGAUGGGCAUGGCCGAUGGAACCUGCAACUUCAAUGGAGUGGGCACCAUCACUACCAGUGACCCAAGUCGCGGUUCUUGUACAUUUCCAGGAAGUGGUGGGAGAAAUGGAACCUUCACAAAUGGCACCUCUCUCGCGCCAUCAUCAAACUCUACGACCUCUGGAUGUCGAUCGCAGUACUUGUAUGACAGCAAUGCUCUCGUCUCCUCUCUUAUAGUCGGCUUGACACUGUGGUGUGCGGCUUUCUUAUAGAAGGAUAUUGACUUGCUCUUAUUUGUAUUAUUAUUCCUUGUGUCGAUAGAUUCUAUUCAUUUGGUUUCUCGGGUUCUUUGCUAACAUCGGGCGCCCCCAAUUUUGGUUCCCAAGUGAGUUUAUGGGGUAGCGAUGCAAUUCAAAACUUGGGUUGCAAGUAGUUUUGCAGCUAAGUGGUGCUCCCAUUGGGUUGUUGAAUCAAAAUCAAGGCAGUGAUGAUAUGUGAUAAUCACUGUAAUUAUUUUAGGGUUUAGAGUCAUUUUUCUUUGAAGCAUUUGGAACUGUUGUAUUGUGUUGUGCCUGCACUGUAUUUUUCUUCAUUUCAUUCAUAUAAAAGAAACAUUCUCUUGUGCUGAAAUAUUCUUUUCCAAUUCCAUGUUGAAUUGAUUUGUGUUGUAAUAUUGUGUGA